CUUAUUGGCCCAACGCGCCGUCGUUCGAAGGCCGGCCUGCCCCCUCAGAACCUUACAUUUACAGUGUAGCAAAAGAGAAAGUAACUAUGUUGCUGCUGGAGAUCAAUGAAGCCAAGUGAAUGGGGGCUGAAUGUGCCAGUCCUUAGCUGAAGCCGAGCGCCAGAUGGUGGAGGGCUACACUUAUUUAUGAAACUCUUGAGUUCUUCUUGAAUUGCCAGUUUUCAGCCUCCUCAUGCCUCCGUCUCCUUUAGACGACAGGGUAGUAGUGGCACUAUCUAGGCCCGUCCGACCUCAGGAUCUCAACCUUUGUUUAGACUCUAGCUAUCUUGGCUCUGCCACCCCAGGCAGCAAUAGACACCGUCCUGUCAUCGCCACCACAGUUGUGUCCCUCAAGGCUGCGAAUCUGACGUAUAUGCCCUCAUCCAGCGGCUCUGCCCGCUCCCUGAAUUGUGGAUGCAGCAGUGCCAGCUGCUGCACUGUGGCAACCUACGACAAGGACAAUCAGGCCCAAACCCAAGCCAUUGCUGCUGGCACUGCCACCACCGCCAUUGGAACCUCUACCACCUGCCCUGCUAACCAGAUGGUCAACAACAAUGAGAAUACAGGCUCUUUAAGUCCAUCAGGUGGGGUGGGCAGCCCUGUGUCAGGGACCCCCAAGCAGCUAGCCAGCAUCAAAAUAAUCUACCCCAAUGACCUGGCAAAGAAGAUGACCAAAUGCAGCAAGAGUCACCUGCCAAGCCAGGGCCCUGUCAUCAUUGACUGCAGGCCCUUCAUGGAGUACAACAAAAGUCACAUCCAAGGAGCUGUCCAUAUUAACUGUGCCGAUAAGAUCAGYCGGCGGAGACUGCAGCAAGGCAAGAUCACUGUUCUAGACUUGAUUUCCUGUAGGGAAGGCAAGGACUCUUUCAAGAGGAUCUUUUCCAAAGAAAUUAUAGUUUAUGAUGAGAAUACCAAUGAACCGAGCCGAGUGAUGCCCUCCCAGCCGCUUCACAUAGUCCUCGAGUCCCUGAAGAGAGAAGGCAAAGAACCUCUGGUGUUGAAAGGUGGACUUAGUAGUUUUAAGCAGAACCAUGAAAACCUCUGUGACAACUCCCUCCAGCUCCAAGAGUGCCGGGAGGUGGGGGGCGGUGCAUCUGCGGCCUCGAGCUUGCUACCUCAGUCUGUCCCCACCACCCCUGACAUCGAGAAUGCAGAGCUGACGCCCAUCCUGCCCUUCCUGUUCCUUGGCAAUGAGCAGGACGCUCAGGACCUGGACACCAUGCAGCGGCUGAACAUCGGCUAUGUCAUCAACGUCACCACUCACCUUCCCCUCUACCACUAYGAGAAAGGUCUCUUCAACUACAAGCGGCUGCCGGCCACCGACAGCAACAAGCAGAACCUGCGGCAGUACUUUGAAGAGGCUUUUGAGUUCAUUGAGGAAGCUCAUCAGUGUGGGAAGGGGCUUCUCAUCCACUGCCAGGCCGGCGUGUCCCGCUCUGCCACCAUUGUCAUCGCCUACCUGAUGAAGCACACACGGAUGACCAUGACUGAUGCUUACAAAUUUGUCAAAGGCAAACGACCAAUUAUUUCUCCAAAUCUUAACUUCAUGGGGCAGUUGCUGGAGUUUGAGGAAGACCUAAACAAUGGUGUGACGCCACGCAUCCUUACGCCAAAGCUGAUGGGUGUGGAGACGGUCGUGUGACGGUGGUCAGGGUGGAAAGGAUUGCUGCUCUCCUUUGGGGGGCAAAAAAGGAAGGAGGAUGGGUUCUGGGUCUCCCCCCCCCCCUUUUUUUUUCCUUUUUUUUUUUAGUUGGGGGUAAAGUUUGUGAAUGGAAACAAACUUGUUUAAAGACUUUAUUUUUAACAAGUGUGAGAAGACUAUAACUUUUGAUGCCAUUGAGAUUUACUUCCCACAAACUGACAAAGCAGGGAGGUUAAAGAGGUCAUUUUUUUUAAGCCAACAAUAAAAAUAUAAUAAAACUUGUUUCUCCCCCUUUUCCUUUUAAGCUUUUUGUAGAGUUUAUGACUAAAUAGUCUGUGCAGGUUCAUAGACCUAAGAUCCCAUAUACACCAUUUUAAAAGAACCAAAAGUAAGUUGAAAAGACAUUGGAUCAUGAGGACCUAGGAGCCACCUGGGCCAUCCAUAUAGGAAAUAAAAACCCCACCCAACCAAGCCCUGCUGUGCUCCUUGGUGCAAAGAGAAGAUCAGGGCAGCUUGAGUGGUCUAAGAACCCUUCACGUAUUCUUUAAAGAAAUAGAGAAUAGUGUUUUAUGCUCUGGACUUUUCUUUCCCCCCCCUCUCUGGGUUGAAGAAACUUUUUGAAACAACAACAAGGAACGACUGACCACUAUACCAUAGGCCUUCACUGGCUCUUGUGCAAUAAUAUGGUGUUUGGAGUGUGCAAACAAGUUUAGAGCUGGCAAGUGAAUGAUAGACAAAUAGUGCAAAAUUGCCAGCUUGGAGGUAGAAAGAAAUUCAACAAAACCAAUUACUUUCCUUCCCACCUUUUUCCUUUUUUUUUUUUUUUUUUUUUUUGGAUUUGAUUCUGGUUAUAGUGCCAUAAACCUUGUUACAUAUGUAUAUCAGAAUGUAAAAAAAAAAAAAAUGACAAAAAUUUAUUUAAAAAUAUUUUUCGCAAAAAAAAAGCAAAAACAAACUUUGUGUGUUUCUGUUGAUUGUGUAAAAAUUUAUUUUCAUUAUAUAAAUGAAACU